GGGGGCGCUGUUGCGUCCAGACCGUUCUGCCGAACUCCACUACACGACAGAAGAGGAAGAGCGAGUAGCGAGUUCGUGAUUAGCCGCUUGUUAGCCCUCCGACCCGCAGCUGAAGUUCGAAGACAACAGGAGCGUCUACCUCCCUGAACGCCGAGGUCCCAACCUCCGUCGCCAUGACAGACAACAAGCGCCUCGCCUUCUCCAUCAUCCGGUUCCUCCACGAUCAGCUGCAUUCGGGGAAUCUGUCCUCAGACGCUCAGGAGAGUCUGGAAGUUGCUGUUCAGUGUCUAGAGACGGCGUUUGAAGUCUCCACCGAUGACCAGACUCUCGCAGUUCCCCUGACGUUACCAGAGAUCUUUUCUUCGGCUACAGCUCAGGACCUGGUCUCUGAUUCGCUGUCUGUUCUGCAGUUUUCAGAACAAUCGCAGGUCAACAACAACUCCACCCUGAACUCUCCGACGGAGGAGCAGCGAGCCGAGGCGGAGAUGCUGAAGAGCGACGGAAAUGACCAGAUGAAGGUGGAGAACUUUGCAGCGGCGGUGGAGUUUUACUCAAAGGCCAUCGCCCUCAACCCUCGGAACGCCGUCUACUACUGCAACAGGGCGGCGGCCAAUAGCAAACUGGGCAACUACGCCGGCGCCGUACAGGACUGCGAACAGGCCAUCAGCAUCGACCCAAACUACAGCAAAGCAUACGGACGGAUGGGCUUGGCUCUGGCCAGCCUCAACAAACACACAGAAGCAGUGAGCUACUACAAGAAAGCUCUGGAGCUGGACCCCGACAACGACACCUACAAGGCCAACCUUAAGAUCGCCGAGGAGAAGAUGGAGACGUCCAGUCCGACUGCAGGAAUGGGAGGAGUGGACCUGGCUGGAUUACUGAGUAACCCCGGCUUCAUGAACAUGGCAUCGUCUCUCAUGAACAACCCUCAGGUUCAGCAGCUCAUGUCAGGAAUGAUGUCCGGAGCCUAUGGCGGGAUGCCCGGCGGGAUGCCCGGCGGGAUGCCCGGCGGGAUGCCAGGCGGGAUGCCCGGCGGGAUGCCCGGCGGAAUGCCCGGCGGGAUGCCAGGCGGGAUGCCCGGUGGGAUGCCAGGAGGGAUGCCUGGUGGGAUGCCUGGUGGGAUGCCUGGUGGGAUGCCUGGUGGGAUGCCUGGUGGGAUGCCAGGUGGGAUGGGAGCUGGAACGGGAGCUGGAACGGGAGUCGGGACGGCCGGCGGGACGGCAGGCGGCACGGCGGGUGGGAUGGUGGGUGGAGGAGGUGCUGCGCCCGGCGCUCCAGGAGCUGCAGAUCUGUCAGGACUUAUCCAGGCAGGUCAACAGUUCGCCCAACAGAUGCAGCAGCAGAACCCAGAACUCAUUGAACAGCUGAGGAGUCAAAUCCGCAACCGAACACCCAGCGCCGGGAACGAGGAGCAGCCAUGAUGUUCGCAAAGGUUGGACGGGAUCGGAGGAGGAAGAGGAGGAAGAGGAGGAAGAAGAGACGACGUCCCAACACUUUCCUCUCUGAGGUGGAUGUACAAAGUGAAGGACCAGAAGGAUUUUUUUUUUGUUUGUUUGUUUCUUCAUCACUGAAUAAGAGCUGCAUGAUGGAGGGCAAAGGAGACACUCCGCCCCCUUCUUGCAGCUCCGUGUGGUUUUAGGAAGAUUCCAGCAUCGACCCGCACACCAACAAGGUUCUCACAGGAACUUGAUGUCGGAUGUUCAGCAGCUCCACAAACUCCAGAUGUUUUUGUUUCUUCUGAGAACGACAGCCCAACUUUGAAUGCUUAUUUCUGGUCCAGGUGUGGCUGGGUGGGUGUGAGUGUGUGUGCGUGCCUGUGUGUGUGCGUGCCUGUGUGUGUGUGUGUGUGUGUGUGUGUGUGUGUGUGUGUGUGUGUGUGUGUGUGUGUGUGUGUGUGUGUGUGUGUGUGUGUGUGUGUGGCCAGCAGGAGGCUGUUCAUCACAGUUUAAUUAAAAAGAACAUCAACAUUUUACCCUCCUGUCUGCUGAUGGUCUUCUCUGCUGCUGAUGACGUCUGUCUGAUCUCGUUGCUGCCGCCAGCGUUCAUGUUCGGAAGAAAUUUGGAGGCAGCACCUGAUCAAAUCUGUCCAAACGUGUUCCAAGAGAAGUUAGUGCUGCCACUCAGUGGCCAAAAAAGAGAAAGUACUUCUUUUUUUUCUUUUUUUUGAAGCUUUGUUUUACCACAAACAAUGAAUUUCACGUGUAUGUAGAGCUACAUGGACUUUGCAGUUGCAGGAGGUUCCUGUAGAUGCUGGAACCCCCCAAAGAUCCAAGGCCAGCACCGGUACACAGCUCCCACGUAGAAAUAAAAGAACCUGUCUUCCUUUGAAUCCCCUGUAAAUAAGAGCACGUUAACAACUCACUGUGAAGAACCUGAAUAAUGACUGAAAUGCACCGUGACGGAGCCUGUAGAUGGUGCUGGUUCUGUCCAAUCAGAGAGCUGGACACAUGAGCUUGUUGAGUGAUGAUGAUUGAUGAGGGAGGAGCUAAACUCCAACAGAGGGUCUCGUUUAAGCAGCAGUGAUCAGGUUUAUUUAUUUUAUUUUACCCAACAUUGUAUUCAAUUGAAAAAAGGUAAAAGUCAUAAAGGUGUCGGAGAACUUGUUGAUGAAUUCUGGACGUUUAAAAAAAAAAAAAAAAAUCCAUAGGACCCAGUUUUCUGAAGACGUUAACAAACAUUUACAUUCUCCUACAAAAAUCUACAUUCAAACGAGACGGCUGACAUCAGCUCUAUGCAAAGAUGAAAGAAUGAAGCCUUCAAAGAAAAGAAGAGUGUAGUUACACUGGAGCAUGGAGGAGGCUCGAUUCUGUUCUGGAGCUGCUGCUGCGUCUGGUACCGGGGUCUGGAAUCUGUCCAGAGUCAGAAAGCUUGGUCUCAGUCACGGGUCAUGGUCCUCCAACGUGAUCACGACCCAACACACACAACUAGAACCAGCCAAGAACCACUCAGAACCAAACACUGGACUGUUCUGGAGUGUCCUAAUACAAGUCCUGAUCUGAAUCCUGCUGGACAUCUGUGGAAACAUCUGGAACAUCUGGAGAAGAAACAAUUUUCGUUAAUUAUUGCUCAGGAAAUUAUUGUAUAUUAUCAUGUUUGUCAGUUUCAAGGGAUUUCUUGGAGUUUUGAUUAGGUAUCCACAAAUGUGUUCACGCGUGCACAUCUCUACACUUCCUCCCCUUUCUAAUCUUACCUUUUGUUCAUAAAUUACAUUUAUCAGUUAAUACUUAUAUUGUACAAUUUGACUGGCAUGUUUACAAUUUAUUACACCUAUUAAUUUCCCUGUAUGGUAAAAUAAAACGGUAAAAUUCAACCCCACCUCAGCAGCAGAUGUCUCUCUCCAUCUUGUUUUCAC